AUGUAUUGCUUGGAGCAUUGUUUCCACGUCGUGCCUACUCAGAAACUUGAGUUAGAAGAUGUAACCCCCAUCCUCAAUCAUUGUGAAGUCUCCUACCGUGGCUACAACUUCUACUUUUGCGCGGUGCAUCAAGCCUACCACUGCAUGUUCCUCGAACCCAACCUCGAUCAACCAUUGCGUGGCGAAUGCGCUGUCUUUUACUACUGCCUGAACGUUGUCCUGGACGAAGACUAUGAUAAACCUGCCGAGCCGCCGGCCCCCGAGGGCAGUUAUCGCAAUGCCAUCGCCAAUCGACUGAUUGAUAUGGAUCCGUGGAUCCAGGCCAGCCACGAUGUCGAUAACCCCCAGCAUCUCCCACCCCCCGUGGCCGACGCGGGCCUCGGCGAGGUUCGGCUUUACAAUCCUCGUCAAGGCCUGGCUCGUCUCUGUUUCCGUAGCCCGACGGGAGCGAUUGGAUGGAUGCCCUGUGGCCCAGAUAUUGGCCGCCGCGCAGAGUUCAUUCACCUGACCGAGCACGAAAGGGAUGGUGAUCCUGUUUUCAAGCGCAUCCGCCUGUGGGCUUGCAAGAUGCAAGGCUACUAUUACAUGCCCAAGGACAUCCGCUGGUGCCUAUGGGCCAUGUACGUGCUUUGCACCGAGGCCCUUUACAACAACCGGGACGCGGAUGAGGCUGAAAAUUGGGUGAUAAGCGACCUCGUCACCAGUUUAUGUGUUAUGCUCCGUAUGCUCUUCCAUGUGCUCCAGCUUCCAGUCCUUCACCCCAUAUCUGCGCUUGAUUGGCGCGAUCGUCGUCUUCAACCGUCCUGA